GUGACAGUUUUUAAACUAUUCAAUGGAUAACCUUAAAUAAUAAUGGGCUGUUUAUAAGUGUCACAAGCCCGUAUUUUAAAAAAUAAUUUAUAAAAAAUGAGUUUAUUUAUAAGGAAAUAUAAACCAGGCGUAGUUUAUAACACCCAUAUAUUAUGGCGCUUGAAUUCAACUACAGCAGAAACUCAGAAACAGGGGGAUGAAGAUGAGGAAUUUCGUGUACUGGAUAUAUUACAGAAAAAGGGAAGGAUACAGAGAAAAGUAGCUCGCAGAGCGGAUGUACAACCAGAUAGGUCGGAGAAAAUGCCGACAGAUCAGAAUUGGGGCAACGUCUGGCCUGGCCCAAGAUCUUUCCACCCGUCCUCUGUACCGCUACCAAUCAGACAGGGCUACGUACCGAAAGGUCAAGCCCCACCAGGCAAAAAGGCAAACGCUGAACUUAUGAAAAUACCAAACUUCCUCCACCUCACACCACCAGUAAUCAAAACUCAAUGUGAAGCUAUAAAACAGUUCUGCACGGAAUGGCCAAAAUUGCUAAAUUCUGAAGAAGCUAUUGAGAAACACUAUCCAGUAGAAGUGAUAACGUCAGAUUACUGUCACGCUAGUCCAACUAUCAGGAAUCCGUUAGCUAGAAUAGUGACUAUGCGAGUCAAACUGUCAGAUUUGAAGCUUGACUCGCGUGCAAAGGAUAAGUUUUUAAGAUUGGUCGGGGAUAAGUAUGACGAGAAAACUGACUUGGUAACUUUUACGGCAGAUAGAUGUCCGGUUAGAAAACAGAAUUUGGACUAUGUGAAUUAUUUAUUGACGGCUUGCUAUCACGAGUCAUGGACGGUAGAAGAUUGGGAAAAGGAAAAAACUUUAGAAGAUAUGGAGUAUUAUGAUUUUGAUGCCCAUCCCUCGAAGAAGAAUCUUGUCAAUUGGUUCUUUAAGUCAAAUAAUAAGGAAAAUAAUUUGAGUGAUGAUGAGAUUAGAAAUUUUGAUACAUCGUCUAUACCAAAUGGUUUGGAGUAUAAGAAUGCGGUUUUGGAAUUAUUUAAUGAGGGUGAAAGUGCUAAAACGUUGAAAAAUUACGAUGUCGCAGUUAGGAAAUUGCUUGGGUUGCCAGAGAAGAAGGUAGUUGAUUAAUUGUAAAUUUUAAUAAAUAUUUAUAGGUUGUA